AUGCAGGCCAGUCUGGGAGCUGGGGCCGCUCACCGCCAUCUCAGAACAGAAGCUGGGGCGCGGUGCGGGCAGAGGACUGCUGAUGGCUGCCUCCGCAUCUCCUUGUCCGCCCAGCACGUCCUUGGCCCGCGGCUCGCUGAGUCUGGGGGCCCUGCUGGGGGCCUUGCACAGGGCUGUGGGCGCCCGGACAGCGCAGUCCUGAGCAGACGCUCAGCCGAGGCCCCGGGCCUGCUCACUCCAGGUCGUCGGAGGUCGGGCGGCGCCUCCCUGGGAGGCAGCGGGUCGCCCUCCGCUUCCAGGGCCCCGGCCUCGAGCUCCCAAGAGAGCAGAGCGGCCAGAGCCGGCAGUGCGCGCCGCCCCGCAGAGGAGCUGCAGGCCGGCCCCGGCCCCUCCCGCUGCGCGCCGGCGACCACGUGGGGGCGCUCGCGAGCCGGCGCGAGCCGGGCCUGGCGGCAACGGGCGUGUCCGAGCGGCAACGGACGGCGGCGGACGUUGGCCCAGGCGGGCCCUGGGGACGGAGCCGCUGCGGCCCUGCGGGCUCCUGGGCUCGGCCGGGUCCCUGGUAUUGUACACUGGAGUGGAACUUCCAAGGGGCCAAGAAACAAGAAUCUGCCCUCCUGCUGGGAAGUGCAGUCCACACACCCCUGCAGUGAUCAGUUAUACUCAUUGCAUAGAAUCAUCGUCUUUAUACCUGGAAAGAGAUUGCUUCCACCUGCUGGUUCGCUCUGCAAAUGCCUGCAGUGGUCGGGCUGGUCCAGGUCAAAGCCAGGAGGCCGGAAUGCAAUCCAGUUUUUCCGUGCGGUUACAGGGACCCGCAUACUUAAGUCAUCAUCUCUGCCUCCCAUGAUGCAGGAAGCUGACGUCAGCCCAUCCUCUCUGGGGGAAGCAGGGAUGUGUGAGGAUGCCUGGCCUGUGUUCAAGGGAACAAAAAUGCACAGACAAGGACAGUCGAUGCUGUACCAAGCAGAAUCAGCAAGCACGUUGUCCUACCACACAGGACUCGGGAUCUGCCUCCAGUGAGGUGACGGCGCUGAGAGAGACGCCCCGAGGGACACGGGGAGGGUGGGGCCUGUCCCACCCGCUGUGGACCUCACCUCCUCCCGGCCUGUCAUCCCCGUCACUCAGAUCACAGAGUCUUAGCAUCAGCAGGCGCCAUCGUGCAGGGAGGUCACCGGCACAUCCUGCUCCCUGGGACAUGGAAAACUGUCGCAGUCUGACCAAGCUCCCCACGGCUCACCCAUGCCAAGUCUUCCUCCAUGUUGAGUCCAAGAGCAGAGGCUGAGCCACAAGGACAAGGUUUUAGUUGCUGACGCGGUCUGAGAAGACACAGCCGAGGAGUCAAGGGGGUAAGGGAAGGGAGCACUGGGAGCAGCAGGGGCCUCCUGCCAGUUGUGAGACUGCAGGAAACUGGCCCCGCGCUGGGGAGAACCCGGUCCCCUGCACCGUCAGGGAGGGGGGUCUGAGGCUGUGCGUGGCUCCCCUCUGCUCUCCCACCCAGUGAGCGUCACACACAGGCCCCUUGAGGUGCUGACCUCUGGUUCAGAAGGGAGCGAGCAGGUUAAGUUGGACUUCAGUGGCUGAGCCUCUUCUCCGUGCAGCAUCUCUGUCCGUUCUCGGGAUGCUGACCGUGGAGGGGGAUGUGCUCUCUAUGUGCCGAUGUCCAUGGCGGGAGAAGGGAAUGGGUUUGGGGCUCCUGUGAAGCCUGUGGCAGAUGUUGAGGGUGCCCAGGGUCUGUUACCACGCCCAUAGCAUAGGCCCGGAUAUUGAGGCUCAUCAAGAGCCUCCAAACACAUGUGUUUCUCAACAAAGUCAAAGGGAACAUCUUGGCUGGGUGGCCCCCUGGUGCUCUUACCGAAAGGGACACAUGAGGUUCCUCCCCACAAAUGUGGGGCCCUGUCCCCCAUGGCACCCUCUGUGCCUUUCCCAGAUGAGCCCGAGCUACUGCCUCUGAGAUCCCAAGUAUCUGCAGUGACAGCACGUGUUCUGCUGCCCCCCGGCACCACCUGGGCGAUGAUAUGUGCUUGCUCUGCAGACAGGUGCGCUGAUGAUUGGCGGGUACCACAGGGCUUCCCAUCACAGCGUGGUGGUAGUCCCAGAAAAUGCAUGAUGUGUUUCCUGGCACUGAUAGAAAGAGGGGGCCCAAGGGCUGCCAAGCCCAGGGCUGGAGUUGGCUCCUGUGGAGUGGCAUAUGCUGGACUGCGGCCCUAGGUGCCUGCAGUGGGGUCCAUAUAUGGGAUCCUCUGGUGUCUGCAACCGCAGUGGUCAUGGGACAGGCUGGUCGUCCUCAGGGGCUGUGAUGAAAGAAACACACCAGUCUCUUGAACUGUGUCUUGGCAAUGUGUUUGUGUCUGUGUGUGUGGAAGGUUUUCACUCUUGGUGUGCCCCAGGUACACUUGUGGUAAAGUGCACCACAGUGUCUACCACCAUGGUGUGGUGCCAUCCCCUUUCAUAGCCCGGCCUGUGAUGGGGCAGUAGCAGAAGGAAGUGCAGCAUGGGAAUGGCGCUGGCCCCUCCUGCUGCUGCAGCCGUACCAUGGCUACUUGGGUCAAAAGUUCCAUGACCCAGAGCAGGAGCGGGGAUGGCGCUAGGUGUGGCUGUUCCUAGGCUGCCUGGGUGGUGUCUGGAACUGGCUCUGCGCUGAACCCAACCCCAGUGUUCCUUCUUCUCAGAGGGGCUGUGGGUCCCAGAGGCACCACUGGCCCUGGCGUAGGUCGGCAAACAAUAAAACACCUGCCACGUGCCAGGAACCCUGGUGACAGCUCCCAAGGGAGAAGUCCUGGCUGUCCCAGUAGAGAAAGCCGGCUAGGCAUUGUGCGGCCUAAGAAAUGCAGAGUGUGGCCACAUCCAGCCCCCACACCUGGGGGUCCUGUGCAGGUGGCUGCACUGCAGGGAGCGUUACACAGAUUGCUUGUGUUGGGGCUCUUGGCCUCUCCAGUCACAGAGAGCGGUUCCCGUGGCCAUCAGGAACUUCACACGCGGGCUCAGUGGAAGCUCCCUGAUGAAAAGCAUGCUUGGAAGUUGCAGUUGGUCCCUGGACUUACCAUGCAGCCAGAGGGGCGGAGACUUGGGCUGUGGCCAGGCCAUCACUGGGUGCUGUGUUGGGGUGCAGUUCUCUUUGAAGUCAGGGGGAAACAGAGCAUAGCUGUGGAAUGAGAGAUGGUAAAGAUGGCGGGCUUGGCUGGCCGUUUGCAGGUCGACUGCAAGGAUGGAGACCGUAAUGGCAGGAGCUAUGAUGGAAGGACUGUACUUCUGUGGGCAUUAGGGGGAGAGCUCUCUGCUCCUGCCCACCCUUGGUCCAAAGUGUGGACUGAAGGAGAUUGUCUAGGCCAAAGGGGUAGGAACUCUUCCGGCCCGUGGGCAGGAAGAACCCGGAGGCUUCACAAGCUGUCUCUGACCCGUGCUCUCAUGCAUGUGGGAGAAUGGGUAGGUGCUGCAACUGGAGCCUGGAAGAAAGCCAAAGGCAACAGCAUUAGGAGAAAGCUGGGGAGUUGGGCGUGGGGCCCAGUGAGUGUCCAUGUCCGAGACCCCAAGGUCUAAAGUAUGCCGAAAGGCCCAGUGAGCAGGUGCAUUGGUUAUGAUAGAAGAAACGAUGGUGUAGAAGGAGUGGGCUCGUCAGUGAUAACACGGGACUUGGCAGGGGGGUCUGGGGGUGGGAUAGCACUGAAAAGGUGAACAGGGCACUCUGUCUACACACACUGGGGUGUGGGGUUCCUUCCUAAAGGAGGGCGUUUAUCAAGAAGAGGGUGUGAGUCUGAGGGUGGUUGUGUGGCGUUCAAUGAGAAGGUGCAACCCCCACAAUGGGCCUGGGGCUACAGGAGAAAGGGGGGCAGGACUGUCAGAGUGGCAGCUCAGGGAGCAUGUGUGAUGUCCUCUGCUGUGUGUGCCCCAGGAGGGAUGCAGAGGGACAGACAAGACGGGGCAGGCAGAGCGAGUGGAAGCCCUGGGUGUAGCCACACCUAAACCUGCCCAGUGCACGUGGGCUGGCAGGGAGUCUGCAGUCUGUGCCACAGGUGGGAAGGGGGAGGGGCUGGUGGAGCGGUGCUGCCGUCUCCUCUGGCAUCUCCUGUACUGCCCUGGGCCUCGGCUGUGUCCAGCAGGAUCUCGGUGUUCUUAGUGUUCAGUGCUUCUCUCCGUCAGUAGCAAAGCAAGGCAGCUAAGAGGUGGAUCAGCUGCCGCAGGUGUGCCAAGGGCAAGAGCAGGACUGGUAACACAAGUGCGGCCCUGGGAGGGAGGUUCCCUCCAAGCUUGGCCAGUUACCAUCAGAGACAGUUGCAGCAGGUCCCCAGUGGAUUUUCGCCCUCCACCUCCUGGAGACCUGGACAGCUGGGUUGCGGGUGGCCCCUCAGCCCCUCUCUUGGUGACUCUGCCCAUGGAGUGGGGAUGGCCUGGGUUUGGCUCUGGAGCCCUGCCUGAUGGAGACGGUGCUGCCCACAGACAGGCCCACAGCAAGAGCUCUGUGCGGGAAUCGGGCCUAGAAAUCCCUUCCUGGAGGAGGCACCAGGAGAAGCCCAGGCCUCCUUCCUGCAGGGAUUGAAUGAGGGAGGAGGCCCAGGACGGGACCAGGAGGAAGGGAGUUUCCCCUGCCUCCAGGGUCUCACUGGUUUUCUUCUCGCUGGCCAGAGGGGCCUCAUUUCUUUUCCUCCUGCUCUUCUUCUGCAGCCGCCGCCUCAGUCUCAGCGAGACAGCAAUGGGCAGAUGCCCGGAAUGGGCUCUUGGCUUCACAGCCUUUGGAGGGGAUGCUCUCAGCAGAACCCACGGCCUCUUGACGGCAGGUGUUCCACGCCAGCCGAGGCCGAGCACUGCUCCCGAAGGGCAGUCUCUCUCACUCCCUCCAGGCACGCGGCUUGGUGUCCUGCUCCUUGCACUGCCCACUCUCCCCUUCCUCGGGCUGCGCCCUGGCACCCACCUGGGUCUGAGUAAGGCAGGGGCAGUGCAGAAGGUUCGAUUUUGGCUCCUGACCUUGGAUGUCUUCAGCCAGUGCUGGUUCAAUGACACCCUCGCACCUGGUUCUUACUUAGCCAACCUCUGGGAUUGGCCAGUAGCCUUCUCUCUUGUGAGCAUAGCAAUCUUUUUAGGGGGGUGCCCAACUCCCCAUGGCCAAGGCAGAGGUGGUUCUUUGAGAAGCAGGAUCCACUCUGAAGAUCUGAUACCCAGGGCGCAGUGGAGGGAAGCGGGAGGUGGGUGACCCAGCCAGGCGGGAGCAGGGGGAGCAUCACAGACCAGAGCAGCCACGCGGCUGCAGCUGUGACCACCGGAGUGCCGCGAGCGGUUCCCCGUGAAGAGCCGAUGUGCGUUAGCAGUCCCCGCUGAGAGAGGAGGUCCCCACACACCGCAGGAGGAAUCUUCGCCACCCUUUGUUCUUGCAGACAUAGGAAUUACUCUUCAGUUGAGGCGUGUGAUGUCACAUCAGCGGUGGUGACGCUGGCUUGUGAAAAGGAACCAAAGGUCACAACACCAGGAAUUUCUAGCGCCCAGGAGGCUGGCUGCAGGUGUUUGCCACUAGAUGGGGACAUCUGGGACCUCCUGGAGGCUGAGUGGGGCCUAGGCCAGAGCUACUGCAGCUUGGGCUUGGGCUACACACGUGCCUCUAUAAUUGACCAUUGGCCAGCCUUUAUCCUGAGUGACCAUGUGUUGAUGACUCUCUACCCAGAUCAUGAAGGGCAGGGUCAACUGAAAACUGAGCUGGACACAACACCCAGCAGUCUCAUUCGAGGGGCAGCAUCUGGGCUCCUUGGACAGAGGUGCUCCUUCCCUCUGUGUCCCUUGCCACCUGCUUUACCAAGCUGGUUGUGAGGGUUUCCUGGAAGAGGACCUGGUGCCCUACCUGACGGUGUUCUGCCCAGCCCAGCACACUUUCCUGACAAGUGGGUUCUCUUCCCUCCUUUUCACAAAUUUGGUAAAACAUUUAAGCUUCAGAGUGUCUUUCAGGUCACCACAGGCAGUGGCCCAGCCAGGCUUUGAACCCAGGCUUCCCAAGCCCGGGCUCCGAUAUGUGGGCCUGCUUAGCACACAUGCAUCAGGAGCUGCUCUGUUUCUGUACUCUCCAGGGUGCACAGAACCAUGGCCUCUCUGUGACGAGCUCAUGAAUGCCCCCACCUGGGCAGAAGUCACACGGGCCUGAUCAUUGCCCACGCCAAACUGAUUGCAUUCUCCUAGCAGGUGGAGGGUGGGGUCACUCGUGUCAUCAUGCGUCAUCCCAGGUCUCUUCCCGAAUUCAGCCUGCAGCCCGGAUUCUCUUCUUGACUGGUGUGAAGAAGGCAAACAUGGAGAGGUGACCUUCUAAUCAGCUUGGCCUAUCCUGAGUGACGUAAGCCAGCAUGUUCCUGUUGCACAUAAAAGCUAGGUUCUCUGGUCUUCAUGGAGCACGUUUGGAAAGCAGAUACUUUAUUUUGUGCAGAUUGAAGUGAAGCACAUAUAGGGUUAAAUCAGAGCAAUGCAACUUUGGGAUUGUGAGUCUGCCAGGGGGUCCUCUCUCUUCACACACACUGUUGCCCUCAAUGUCAGUCUAGACUGUUGGCGUGCCAGGACAAAGGAAACAUGUAUUACUGUGGCGUUAUCCAUGUGUGGAUAUGUGGAUCCCGGGUGCCUGGAGUGAUGUCAUGUGUGGGAUGGUACUGGAACCAUCAUGGCUGUUUUGCACCUUGGUGAACCCAGAGUGCUAGAAUGAAAGGAAACUGUUCUACCACAUCUCAUGGCCAAUGUGGGAUUCUUCUCCGUUUAGGCUUCUUCCCUCCUGUGUGCCCCAGUUGUGUUCUGGGAGGGAGGAGAAGAGAUCUACAGCCAUGGGUGUGGUGCCAACCCCUUCCAUAGCAUGGCCUGUGCUCAGGGACCUGGGAAUGGCAACUUUGUCCCGCGUUUCCCCAUCCAGGGACAUGCCCGUAAACUCCCAGGCAUGCUUCCCAGAAGUGUGUAGUCUUGAGUUGGAACUGAGGCCUGAAGAAGACAUGUAGAACUCAACACUUGCUCGUCUGUAGGGGCUGCUUGGUGGCACCUUCAAUAACAGAUGUUCUGUCUGUGCCCUGGGGAAAGCUGGCAGGGCAGGGUCAAGUGUAAGGAAGGCACAGUGUGUGAUGUCCAGCCCACACCACCUGAAUGCAGGAGGUGCCACGGGGUGUCUGGGCCACUGAGAAGUUAGAUGGAUGGCUUGAGUUGGAGCUGUUGGACUCGAACAAAGGAAAGAAAACCCAAGCUGUGAUGAUCCUGGGCAACAGAACCCCAAAUAGGGCCAGAUGGUGCUCCUGGCUAACGGAGUGACUGGUAGAUGCCAUUCGUAUUGGACGGAUGGAGCUGGCAAAGUGGUGGGCACUCGCCUGAGGCAGUACUGCGCUCUGUGCUGCGUCCCCAGAACCAGGGAGUCCCAUGGAGACAGGGGCUUCUUGGAAGGCGGCCGGUGUCAAGAACAGACUGUCACCUUUGCAGGUGCCUCAGACGCAUGCUAUCGUGGCCCUGAGCAGAGGGAAAGUGCGCCCCUGGGAGCCUGGAGGCAUGUUGAAGAGAAAAUUCUAGAAAGGCCAACCGUGUCCGUGGCAGUCAGCUCAGGGCCUAGAACAAGCUGAAGACCAAGUGGGCAGGUCCUGGCUGAGACUGGAGAAGUGACUGCAGUGGUGGUGAUGGGCUCCCCAGACCAGCACUAGUUCUGCUAGCUGGGCUUGGGCUAGAGAGGAGGGGCGUGUACCAGAGAGGGCCUGGGCGUUCCUUCCCGUAGGAGGGAGGCAGAUGGAGAGGGGCACGAGGCUGGGUUGCGGGGGUUGGGGGGUCAGACAUGGGACGUGCUGCCACUGUGUCUGAUGGUGAAACCCACGGUGGGCCCGCACACGGAGGGGGCAGGACCAGAGGAGGAUUAGGAGUUGUGCAUCUGUCUCCUGCCGUUCUUUGGUACGGGGUUGGCAGAGGGUCAGACAGGUGAGGCUCAUGCAGACAGACAUGAAGUCGGCGGAGGCUGUAGCCACUGGACCUGCAUGGUGUGCACGGCAGAGACGACGCGUGGCAGCCUCUGCUACAGGGGCAGAGAAAGAAGGGGCGAGGUGAGUGGUGCCGCGUCUACGCUGGCGUCUGCUUCCUCCUCCGAGGCUCUGUUAGACAUGGCAGGCUCUCCGUGCUCUUUGGGACCUUAGGUUUUUCUGCACGGUGCCUGUUUCUGCCUCAGCAGCAGUGCAGGGCAGCUCAGGAGUUGGGAACCAGUGCCCUGGGCCUGGGCACAGUGCCACUGCAUGACCUAAGGCAGCAGCAGGCCUGGCCCGGCGACAGUCCUCUUGCUGAGCCUGAUACUGGCAGCUCUGGGCAGGCUGCAGCUCCCCAGGGGACUGUCCUACCUCUCUUCUCCUAACCCGUGUUGGCCCUGGGAGCUGGGGCUGUGGUCCCCACCCCACGGUUCGUUGGCCAUGUGCUGCAUGGCCGUGGGGAGCAGCGUGUUCUGGGUCAGGGCGUGCUGCUGCAUGUGGGUGAGCCCUGCACAUGAGGCUGGACGGCAGCAGCAGGGCCCUCUGCUGGGGAUGGGGGAUCGCGUUGUCUUUGUAGAAGACACUUGGUAAAACCCUCAGCCUCCUCACGCUGUUGUGAGUGGUUGUUGGAGGACUCCUCAGACGCCCAGGCCCGCGCUGUGCGCAAGUGAGGUCCCCCCCACCCCCGUCUCCACGGGUCCUGUAGUUGCAGGACACUCUUCUGUAUCAUACCCAGUAUCUCAGUGCAUUUGCCAAAUAAAUGAAUGCAUUGUCAAUGA